UCUCGCCAGAAGGUGACGGGCGGCCGUUGCGUGACGGUUGGGCGGUAACGGCCGUGCCGUGAGGGCGCUCGCUCCCUCCCUCCCUCAGCCCGGGCCGGGGCGGAGCAGGGGAAGGCCGGGAGCCUCUGUGGGAGGGUUACAGGGGAGCUUGCUCCCUGCCCCGCCGGCCUCUCCUGGAGCCGCCCGGCCCCGCGGUUGCUUCCGCCUCAGGCAGGCUGUGCCGCGGGGGCCGGCGUGAGGGCCGGCUGGUAGCGGGAAAGGGCGGUGUGGCUCCGAGCGUCCCGGCGAAGCCGUGCUAGAAGAGCAGGCUGCCGCCUCGGAAAGUUUGAAGAAGAGGAGGAGGAGGAGGUUUUCCCUGCCCAGCGAUCUAGCCUUGAAGGUAGCACGGCAGCUGGCGGAAGGCGGUUAAAACUCCUCACCCGUCUCAUGCCAGAGCAUGGGCUAAAAGCUAUGUCCCUCUCUCGUGUGGAAAAUCCUUGUUUCCUGCUGUUUCUGUUUGUCUUCCAAGCAAUAUUUAUCCUGAUACUCUACCGAGGUGGACCUUCAAAUGUGUUCCGUGGGUUUUUAGACUCACGUCCCAUUCUGGAUUACUCAAAAACUCAUGAUGUGUAUACAAACCUCAGCUUGUUUACCCAAGCUCCUAAUGAAGAGGCUAUGCCAUACUGCUCAGUGCAGUCACCAAUAUUUGUUGGUCCAUUAACCAUCACCUUCAAGUUGCUCCCUAGUGAAAGAAUGAUCAUCAAAAAAAAUCCUUUUGUUCAGUCUGGUGGCCUCUACAGGCCACCUCACUGCUUGGCCCGCUACAAAUCAGCCAUCCUUGUAGCAUACAGGAACCAGGAGAAGUACCUUCACCAUCUUCUUUACUAUAUUCAUCCUUUCUUGCAGCGUCAGCAGCUCAGUUACAGUAUCUACUUGAUACAGCAGGUGGGGAAUGGUACCUUUAAUCGAGCAAAGCUGCUUAAUGUUGGUGUCCGGGAAGCCCUGAAGGAUGAAGACUGGGACUGCCUUGUCCUGCACGAUGUGGACCUGGUACCUGAGAAUGAUUAUAAUCUCUAUGUUUGCGAUGAAUACUAUCCCAAGCAUAUGGCUAGUGCCAUGGAUAAGUUUCAGUACACUCUGCCAUAUAAGUCCUUUUUUGGAGGUGUAUCUGCUCUGACUCCAGAACAUUACAUGAAGAUGAAUGGGUUUCCAAAUACGUACUGGGGCAGCGGUGGUGAAAAUGAUGACAUCGCUACAAGGAUUCAGUUAGCAGGAAUGAAAAUAGUCCGGACAUCACCUCACCUUGGACGCUAUAAAGUAAUGGACUACAAUGCAGAGACAGAGACACAAGAGCCUUGGAGAAGGUCCGCUUCCCGACAUGACACCAGAAAAACAUGGAAGGAUGAUGGAAUGAAUUCAUUAGAGUUCAAGCUCCUUUCCAGGACAAAGCAUCCUCUUUAUACCAACAUCACUGUGGACAUUGGGCGUUACCCCUCCCCAUCUCACUGAUGAAUAAAAUCAUCUGCAAGGGUUCCGAAGUCAACUACAGGACUGAGAGGGACACGUUUUCAUCAAAUGGGGGCUCCCAUGAACCUGUGCAAGCCUCCUCUCAAGCCCUCUGAUCACUGUUCUGGCUCCUCCAAAAUAACAUCUAGAGCAAUGAGCGAAGAAGCUUAUGUCUCAUCACUGGGAAAAUUUUAGCGAACAGCACCACUUGCCUGUGCUCCAGUUCCUCCAUGCGUGAAAUGGAGAAAAUACUGCCAAGUAGUGAAUUUAGUUUACCACAAAACCAUUCAAAAGCUUUAGUUGAAAUGAAAACACCAGUGCGCUACAUCCAUCCUCCUGCCUUAUGAUCUCUGAGCCUGAUACAGUAAGUACUUCCACCUGGUACAUAAUUUUUAGAUAUGUACCUGUUCCCAAUUAUAUCCGUAACGCUACACUACAACGCAAUGAUGCGCCGGCAGCUGUAUGCGCAGGACCCCAUCCCCAAGUCCUGCCUCUUUUGUUCACAGGGAUCACUGCCGGGGGACUCCCUGCACACACUGGGAGCUGCCCAGAAGCAGACGGCGAGAUAAACUUCCAAGUGCGAGGCGCAACUACAAACCAUCACAAGCCUCCGUUCUUUCGCGAAGGUUUUAAAACUGAAGCACCGUCCGGAAAUUAAAACUAAUUUACCCCCACCGCUCAUCCCCUAUUUUACCCCUCUCUUCUCAAUUUAACUCAGUUC